AUGUGGACUCUAACGAAUGUAACAUUAUCAAUAAUUAUUUCAAUAUCUGUUAUUAUUUAUGUAAUUAUUAUCUAUAUUUCAAAGAAGAAUUCGAAAAAAUCAUUUCAUGUAUCAUUAGUUCUAACAUGUAAUACAAGUAUAACUAUAAUUGGUUCAUGUAUAUCACUUAUUUUAAUGACAUUAUCAAGUAUUGGUGGUGAUCGUAAUAUAACUUCAUUAAAAUCAAUUAUUUUUUGGGGUUGUCAUAUUCGUGGUUAUCUUGCUAUUGUUUUUGUUAUUUCAAUUUAUUUAUCUUAUAUAUUACAAGCUGCUUAUAGACUUUUUCGUAUUGUAUAUCAUAAAUAUAAAUAUCUUCGAACAAUGUCAACUUUCAUAUAUUAUAUAUUAAUUCAAUGGAUUUUAUCAUUUGUAUUUGUAUUACCAAUCUUAUUUUUAAAUAAAAAUUCAUCAUCAUACAUUAUUUAUUUAUCAGAAGAUUUUAAUUGUGCAGUAUCAUUUACUAAUAUACGUGGUAUUAUAUUUUUAACAUUAGCUGUAUAUAUUUUACCAUUAUGUUGUGUAAGUUUAAUUUAUUUUUGGAUUAUAUAUGAUAUACGACGUAAAAGAAAACAAUCAACUGUUACAUCAAAACUUCGCCGUCAAAAUAAACGUGAUAGAAGUGUUAUCAAAAGAAUUUGUACAGUUAUGAUUGUUUUAUGGACAUUAGGUGCUCCAAUAAGUUUAUUUUUAAUUACAUUUAUUACUACUGGUUAUUUACAUUGGAUAGCUUAUCGUAUAUGUUCACUAUUUAUGUCUAUAUCUUUUCUAUUUAUUAGUUUAUCAUCACUUUAUGUUACACCACAGAUAUAUAAGAAAAUACGAAUUUUAUUCGGUUGUGUUAAAUAUCAUAAAAGACAUCAGCGAGUAACUUAUUCAAUCAAUAUUAAUAUUGAAAGAGAAAGAAGAAUUGAAAGUAUUCUUCUUGAAUAUACUUCGUUCACUGAUCCAAUUAUAUUUAAUUGA